CACAGGCAAGGAUCUCAAGCUGACAUCAUGAUGUUGCGGGAACAUUUGGCGCUCAGCAACCUGCACCUGCAGCACCCACAUCCCGAUGUUUUUGUUACCUGCAAGUGUAAAUCGCCGUUUCCUUACUUAUGCUGGCGAGUGUUCUGGGCCCUUUACCACAGCUCCUGGCUCUUCGCAAACUUCGCAGUGGCCGCCCUUGACUCUGACGUCAGCGUUGCCAAGUGGUUUAUUUACCUUAGCAACUGGGUUUACCUGAUGAUCGCGAUUGAAACCAUCCUGGAGCUGGCUGUUGUUGUUGGAGUGGUGUACGGGCGCGCUGACGGCACCACCACAUCAUGCACCAAACUGCCCAGGUAUGUCCAGGUGAUGUGGCUGCUCUACACAAUGUGUGUGACCGGUGCCAUGAUGGUCUGUCUGUGGUACUGGACAACGGUCUACAAGGGAAAAGAGUUAACCGCCAUUCGAUUUAAUACCCACGCUGUCGUUGCCAUCUACGUGAUUCUCAACAUGGCCGUCACUAAAGUGCCCCUGAGGCUACUCCACUUCAUCUACCCUGUUGCCUUUGGAGUUAUCUACACCUUAUUCAGCGCCAUCUACUACUGCAUGGACGGGACCAAUCAGAAUGGAGACCGCUAUAUCUAUUCGAUCCUUGAUUGGUCGAAACCAGGUCGGACAUUGGUCGUCUCCUCUUUGAGUAACUUCAUAUUCAUCCCGCUGGUUCAUGUGUUCAUGUGGGCGCUAUGCUCCGGAUUCCAGAAACUCUACGACAGAUUCCGAAACCGGGUCAUUGUCUACGACCAAAGUUUAACGAACACCAUGGAGGAAAAGAGUAGCCCAACGUAAAACUGGUAUUGACAGAGCGUUGUUGGUUAUUUGUGAAAGUUUUCAUGUGUAGAAUAUAGACCAGAGUUGAACUGCCAAUCUUGAAGUACAUAAAAUGCAAUGUCCUAUAGCGUCAUGGGGAAAACAAUGUCCUAUAAGGA